AUGUCGGAUGAGAAGAUAAAUUCUUCAGAUUUAAAUGAGGAAAGGACCAAGGAGAACUUUUCAAUUAUUCAGGACAUGGGUAUGGACAAGGAUGUCCUACUCGAGGAUAUGAGACAUUUCAACAUAGUUUUCCAUAAAGCAGAAAAAUUGUACAAAACUUUUCUUGGCCCGUACAACACAUAUGAAGAAGUAGCACCAUCAGUAUAUAAUCAGGAGUUUCAACGAUCCCACACGGAGAGACAGGCUCAAUUGAAGGCUUUGAACUAUCAAAAUUCAGAAGGGGUUGAAGUUGUUCCAAAUGUGAUUGUAUUUCAGGGAUGGAGUGGUGAAGGCACAUACACUUAUAGAUUCACAAUAACCAACAAGCUAAGAGUAAACCAGCAUAACCAGAUAUUCAAGAAAAUCGCUCAUGGCAUAACUGCAUCGUUUACUGUCGUUUUCAGGCCCAACAGAUUGAACGAUUAUGAACAUCGUAUUUGCGUAUCGUCAUCAUUUCAUGAUUUUGAUAUUCCCAUUUAUGCUAUCGGACCAAGGCCUAUGAUUGACUUUCCUGACAUCAUUAAUUUCGGUGAUGUACCUGUAAAGUUUCUUUCGCAGAGGAUCAUCACACUGAAAAACAUAGGCCAAGUCACUGCCGUAGCAAGCUUGUCUACUAUGACCCCUUUUGCUGUACGACCUAAUAAAAUUAGUCUCGAGCCAGGCAAAACUUGUGCUACAACUGUAUCAUUUGCUUCUCUUGUGGUAGGAAUAUUUAUGGGCAAACUGAGAGUUUUGUUCGAUACAGGUGACUGCCUUUGCAUAAAGUUGAUGAGCUUAGCAGAGAAUAUAAAUGUCUCCCUGGAAACAGACAUAUACCAUUUUGACGAGACAUACGUCGGGAUGGUUUCUUCUGGAGUAACAAAUUUGAUAAAUAAUACUGACCACAUAUUGAAAUUUUCAUUUCACAAAUAUUUAGAUUAUACUGAUGAGAUGAAAGAAUUAUUAGCUAUGGAACGUAUCUCCAAAGAUUUUGUUGAAACCAAGGCCCCUGUUUCGGCGAUUAACAGCUACUACACCGGAGUUCAUCAGCAUGAUAUAAUAGCUGAUAGAAUUGCUUUGGAUGAGAUGAACCAUAUGAAUUUGGUCAACAUGAGCUUCAGCCAUCCCACAUUUGAGAUAUCACCAUUGGUUGUUUUUAAAAACAUCGGCCCGAUUGGGGGAGAAGUGAGGUAUAUGAAAGAGAAAUCUUUUUUUGGAGGGACAAUUACCACUGUACCUGAAUCAGUGUUUGUCUCUUCGAAUGAAAUUUCCCUCAUGUGUGUUAAGUUGGACAGCAAAGUCGUUGGGACAUUUUAUGAAACGCUGACUUUUGUUGUAGCAGAGACAGAAAAAAAAUUGAAAAUUGUCAUAAAGUGA